UGCAGUCCUCCAUUCGAACGAUGACUUUCAGUUUAAGUGACGCUCUGCGCCGCUGUUUUUCCGCAACUCUGUAGCCGAUCGGCAUGGCGUCGCUAGGUGAAGUUGCAGCUUUGGUCUUGGUGGCAGCUCUUUGGGGAGGAACCAACCCAUUUUUGAAAACAGGGACUGAGGGUCUGGAACAGGUGAAGAAGGAAAACCGGGCACUGCAGUUGCUGGCAGAAAUGAAAUUCCUUUUUCUCAAUUACAAGUAUGCAAUUCCAUUUAUGCUCAACCAGUGUGGCUCGCUCAUCUACUAUCUUACUUUGGCUUCCACAGACCUUACCUUGGCUGUGCCUCUUUGCAAUUCUUUGGCUCUGAUGUUCACCGUGGCAACAGGGAAGAUGCUUGGAGAAGACAUUGGCAGCUCACGUGCCGCCCUGGGAAUGCUGCUGACUGGUUUGGGAGUAGCUCUCUGCAUAGCCGAGUCUGUGGAUGAGAAACCAUGAGGAGAGGGUGCCAGAGA